AUGGCAGAUUCCUCCAUUGAAGUCAUCUUGCAGAAGCACAUAAGCUGGCGCCUCGUGGAGCUCACUGUGCUGGACGAGAAACAUGCCGAAUACUUGAGUCACAAGCUGGGUAGUGAAGAGCGAACAGCAAUCUUGAAGGCUGCAGUUGCAGCAUUGCAGAAUGUGUCCCCUCGCUUCACCAGGGCAGCUCUCCCCAUGGCACAUGAGAAAGUGCAGGUGUUCUUCAAGAACACCCGCAUGUGCAUCAGUAAAGGAGUCCAAUGCGAGUUCCAUGCCGGGGGCAAGAACAUGUUCAUUGCGCGCAAGUGUAGCAGUGGCGGCAGUGCAUUAUGGGCCAAGGAUGAUGAAGGUCGCAAAAUUUGGGAGGCGGCGCUCACAUCUCAGGUUGCAGAGGGGAAGGUGAACAAAUCAAACUGCACAGCCGUCAUCUCCUCAGUCAAGUCCAAGUGCUUCAAGGCACUAUCAGACGAGGAGAAGCACACCUGGGAGGAGAAGGCGGAGGAGCUGCGCAAGGAGAGGGAGAAUUUGAGUGUUGAUGACCUCAUCGCCGACAACCAAGAAGGACUUUUUGUCAAGGUUGCAUCGGCCCUCCAGGGGUUGAUCGGAAGCAAGGGUUGGCAAGCAGGAGAGGAUGUUGGCUUCCAUUUGCGCAUGGUGUACAAGCCACGAGAGGGAGUUCCCCGUUCCACUCGUGUCGAUAUCAUGCCCACCGGGGAAACCGAAUCGUUCUCCACCUUUGAAGGCAGAAAUGAAGCUGAAGACGCGUGCUGGGAACGCUUCAUGGCCCGAGUGUUCGUGGUGAACCGUGAUCCUCCCAGGGCACCCGAUGACAUUGGCAAGCCCGUCCUCCCACAGAUAGAGAAAGACUGGACUCCAAUGCACGUAGGGAAGACCUUGAAGGAAUACAUGGAAGAGUUAUGGUUAUACACACACACCGAUGUUGAGGAUCUCCCUGAACUCCCGUGGGACACACUCGGCGAUAUCGCAUGCGAAUUGGUUGCUGCGGAUUGGCAAGGAUCUGUAGGCGACCCGAUGAAGCCUGCGCAGGUCAUGGCACUAUACCUCCGAAUGUAUGACGCGCAAGACACUGACGGGUCAUUCAGCUUUGUGGUCGACCUGGCCGCUAUUCGAAGAUGCACGAUACUCGAUAAUGGCAACAUCCUCGAAGGGCCAAGUGUCAACGAGAUGGCCAUCGCUCCUGACGGUGAUGCCAUCAUUGCUGAUGGUGACGCCAUCGCUCCUGACGGUGAUGCCAUCGCUCAUGAUGGUGAUGCCACCGACAAGGAGAAGGAGGAGGAGGAGGAGAAGGAGGAGGAUGACGAUGAUGAUGACAUUGCCCAGACACCUUCACGGAAGCGGGUGGUUGUGAGCACAUCAACUUAUGUCGAUGACGAUGGCGAGCCAUUGGACCCAGACAAUAUUUCGAUGCGCGCUCUCAAGCAUAGUGCCACGGAGACUGUGGUCACUCAUGGUGAGCACACAGUCAACAAGGGGAAAGGGGUUGCCGCUGCGGGUGACGCUGUCGGUGUGGAGGUCAGGCAUGAGGGUGACAAGGUCGUUGCAGGCCGUGAGGACGCGGUUGACGGGCAGCGUGCAGAUGGUGUGUGCAAACGCGAUGAUGAGAGCGAUGCGGAUGCGGAAGGAGAGGACGAUGACGAGGAGGAUGGUGGAAGCAUUAAAGAGGUGGUGAAGGUGAUGAGGGGUAGAAAACGGAAACAAGGCCCGCGUGCAUCUACAUCUACGUCAAACACCAAGGCCGCGGGACGGGCGGUUAACAAAAAGUGCUGUGUCGCGGUCAGUGUCGUGGAGAAGCGGUGCACCUGCGCUACUCACACCUUUCAGUCAUGUUACCUGAACUGA